AUGAAGCAUAUUAUCAAUCCGUAUGAACACACCAACGGCACGGCAAGAAAUAACUCAGAUUGCCCUGAUGUAGUUUUGCCAGAAGAGAUAUUUUUCACAAUCUCCAUCAUUGGAAUCUUGGAGAACCUGGUCGUCCUCCUGGCUGUGAUCAAAAAUAAAAAUCUCCAGUCCCCCAUGUAUUUUUUCAUCUGCAGUUUGGCCAUUUCUGACAUGUUGGGCAGUCUAUAUAAGAUCUUGGAAAAUAUCCUGAUCAUGUUCCGAAACAUGGGUUACCUCAAGCCUCGCGGCAAUUUUGAAAGCACAGCAGAUGACAUCGUUGACUGCAUGUUUGUCCUCUCCCUGCUGGGCUCCAUCUUCAGCCUGUCUGUGAUUGCCGCUGACCGCUACGUCACCAUCUUCCAUGCUCUGCAGUACCACAGCAUUGUGACCAUACGCCGCACCAUCAUCAUCCUAACAAUCAUCUGGACGUUCUGCACAGGGAGCGGCAUCACCAUGGUGAUCUUCUCCCACCACAUCCCCACAGUGCUCACCUUCACAUCGCUGUUCCCUUUGAUGCUGGUUUUCAUCCUGUGUCUCUACAUUCACAUGUUCUUACUUGCCCGCUCCCAUGCUAGGAAGAUCUCUAACCUUCCCAGAACCAACAUGAAAGGUGCUAUGACGUUGACCAUCCUUCUUGGGGUCUUCAUCUUCUGUUGGGCUCCCUUUGUUCUCCAUGUCCUCUUAAUGACCUUCUGUCCAAACAACCCUUACUGUGUUUGCUACAUGUCUCUUUUCCAGGUCAACGGCAUGUUAAUCAUGUGCAAUGCAGUCAUUGACCCCUUUAUAUAUGCCUUUCGGAGCCCAGAGCUCAGGGAUGCAUUCAAAAAGAUGCUCUCCUGGAACAGGUGUCAGUAG